GGGAUUUGAAGAACUUUAAAGAAAAUAAGAAGAAGGGGGAAGGAAGGAUAAAACCUGUGAAAGAAUGCCAUUGCAGAAAAAAGGCAGCUGAGAAUCAAGUUUCAAGACUCCUUUAAAAGCUGCGAGAGGGUUUCCAACAGUGUACAGAAGAGAGAAACAUGAAGACAGCGAAGAGUAGCCUUUCCUCCUGGAAAAAUCAGAAGAACUAGGAAGAAUGUGUGCUCUGGAUGGGGAUGAGUAUGGAAAGUGGGGAGGCAGCAGAAAAAGAAGGGGCAUUGCCUGCUCACUUUUCCACUACCUGCUAGGGAGCCUGUAAGAACAACACCAGAAGAUGAGCAAAGACACAGAGAGAGUAAUACAUUCAUCAGCCUGCACUGAAUCACGAUUGAUCAGGGAUGAUCCUUGCAGUUUAAUGGGAAUCAUUCAGUGGGGAAUUGGAAGGUGGAGCACCCAUGAGUAGAUUAGCAUAUUCUUGUUUACUCAUCCAAGGAGGGGGCUUUUCUUUCAUUUUGUAAGGGAGGAGAGAGGAGGGGGCCAGGGGAUAGUGUGGGCUUCAGAUUCUGUUAUAAAGAAGGCAAAAAAGUAUAUACAUAUAUAUAUAUAUGAAUAUAUUUAAAUAUAUAUAUAUAUAUAUAUAUAUAUAUAUAUAUAUAUAUAUAUAUAUAUAUAUACCUACCACUGCAGCAUGUUUUAAGGGGGUGAGAUGACCAUUUUGGUGUGUUUGUCCCUUUUGCAAAAUUGAAUUCAACAAAAAAAAAUGAAUUCAAAAUUAAGGGAACUGAUUAAAGCAGGGGGUACAUUUAUUGAGAGCAAAGACCAAAACAUCAAGUUCACCUUGUUUUUCUAAGUCCGGGAAGAUUUAAGCCAUCAACUCCCAGAACAAAAAAGGGGGUCCAGUGCCUAAAGUGGAGAGAGUCCAAAAACUGGCAGAUCGGGAUAAGAGUGGGGAGAAGUGGGGGAACAGUUGGACAUGCUGCUCUGGAGUUUGCUGGUGCCUCUUGGGCUCCUCUGUGCAGCCUUGGCAAGUGCUUCUCAGUGUGGGAUGGACGAGCGGUCGCAAAGGCCACGGAGGAACGUCCGGAAUCCCCGCAACCUGCGCAGCGUCUCCGAGGGAUCGUGUGCCACCAGUCUUGCAAGGGGCCGGCGAUCCCUUACCAGCGUGGAACACUUACGGAUACCACAGAGAAGGAAGCAGCGGGAAGCAAAGGAAACUUCUAAUGUGCCAGCCCCGGGGACGGCUCUUUAUUUCACAGGGCACAAGGACCAGCUGCGGCUCAAGUCGGGGAAUGACUUGCCAAGGGACUCGUUCACCUUACAAGUUUGGCUGCGAGCCGAGGGAGGGCAAAAAUCGCCAGCAGUGAUCGCAGGACUUUAUGACAAAUGUUCUUAUACCUCUCAUGAUCGUGGCUGGGUCCUUGGAAUUGAGGCUUUGCGUGAUCAGGGUACCAGAGAUCCUCGCUUUUACUUCACCUUGAAGACUGAUCGUGCACGGAAAGCAACCACCAUCACUGCUCACCGUAGCUACCUCCAUAACCAGUGGGUACAUCUUGCUGUCACCUACAAUGGUCGAAUAUUUAAACUCUAUGUUAAUGGGGCCCAAGCAGCUACAAGUAGUGAGCAAGUUGGCCCCAUCUUUAGCCCUCUCACUCAAAAGUGCAAAGUUCUCAUGAUUGGUGGCAAUGCCCUGAAUCAGAAUUACCGGGGAUACUUGGAACAAUUUAGUCUCUGGAAAACACCUCGUACACAGGAGAAAAUAAUCCAUGACAUGGGCCAAGCAGUUCAUGGGCUAAGCACCUCUCUACCUCAACUUGUUCUACAAGAUAGCUUUGAGAAUGUGAAACGUGCCUGGUCUCCAAUGAAGGAUGGCAAAUUUCCACAAAUAGAGAACAUUUACCACCAUGGUUCGUCACUGGACACCAUUCUUGAUUUGCCCCAGUGUGGGCAAACCCUCUGUGACAAUUUAGAGGUGAUCGCUAACUAUAACAAGUUUACAAGUUUUCGACAACCAAAAGUUGUCCGUUAUAGAGUGGUCAACGUAUAUGAUGACAACCAUGAGAACCCCACAGUUACCAAAGAUCAAAUUGAACUUCAGCAUCAGAGAUUAAACGAGGCAUUCAGCAAAUACAACAUUACCUGGGAACUGGAUCUACUAGAAAGGAAUGACUCCUUCUUACGUCAUAGGCUUAUCCUUACCAACUGUGACAUCUUGAAAAUUGGCAAUGAAGUGUGUGAGCCUGAGUGCAACCAUGCACUUACAGGAUUUGAUGGUGGAGAUUGCCGCUACCGUCCCAUGCCUUCUGUGGCUUUAAAAAAGAAACAAAAUGGAGUGUGUGAUAUGGAUUGCAACAUUCAUUAUUUUGACUUUGAUAGUGGAGACUGCUGUAACCCUAAUGUCACUGAUGUCGCAAAAACAUGCUUUGAUCCAAAGUCACCUCACAGGGCUUAUUUGGAUGUGAAUGAGAUGAAGAACCAUCUUAACUUGACUGGAUCAACCCAGCUCAACAUAUUCAUUGCAAAUUCAUCAGAUGAAGAGCUAGCGGGUGUAGCUACCUGGCCCUGGGACAAAGAGGUUAUGACACAUCUAGGUGGUAUUGUUAUGAACCCAUCCUUUUAUGGUGUUCCUGGGCACACACACACAAUGAUCCACGAGAUUGGUCAUAGCCUGGGACUCUACCAUGUCUUCCGUGGCAUCUCAGAGAUCCAGUCCUGUAGUGACCCUUGCAUGGAGACAGAGCCUUCCUUUGAAACAGGAGAUCUCUGUCAUGAUACCAACCCAGCUCCCAAGCACAAGAUGUGUGGAGAUCCUGGCCCUGGAUCAGGAAAUGACACUUGUGGAUUUUCAAAAUUUGUCAACACUCCCUUCAACAAUUACAUGAGCUAUGCAGAUGAUGACUGCACGGAUUCCUUCACACCCAAUCAAGUUGCCAGAAUGCACUGCUAUUUGGACUUAGUGUAUCAAAGUUGGCAACUAACCUCAAAGCCCUUGGCAGUGGCCAUCGCUCCUCAGAUUGUAGAGCGCACCUCAACGUCUGUCACUUUGGAAUGGUUUCCACCUAUAGACGGACACUUCUAUGAAAGAGCAAUGGGAACCGCCUGUCACCUGUGUGCAGACCAAAGGGUGUUAGUGCAGUAUGCUGUCAAUGCAUCUUCUCCAAUACCCUGCAACCCAUGUGGCUACUGGAGCCCAAGGGAAGCUGAAGGUCAUCCUGACGUUGAACAACCAUGUGAAACAAGUGUACGCACCUGGAGUCCAAGCUCAGGAGGAUUCCGUGACACUGUACCACCAACUUGCCUUGAACCACAUGGAUGUUACUUGCAGUUGGAAUUUAGUCAUGCAGUGGUACCUCAGUCACUUACAAUAUGGGUGACAUUUGUAAACACAGAGUGGAACACAAGUGGUGCUGCUGUGGAUGUGAAACUUCUCAUGGUUAAUGGGAAGGAGUUAUCCCUGGGACCCCAGAACAUUUUUUGUGAUGUCCCACUGACCAUCAAGUUGGACAAUAAAGAUCUCAAGGAGGAAGUGUUUGCCAUUCAGAUUUACACCAAAGACAACCUGCUGGAGAUUGAUGCGGCUAUGAUCACUUCUAUGCCAAACAGCCCUUUGUGUGCAAGCUGCAAGCCCAUCCAUUAUAAGGUACUCCGGGACCCACCAGCAGAAGGCAAAUUUCCUUCUUUGAUCUCCAAUCUUCAUAGAAGAUACACAGACACGGAUCUGAUUCCAAACAGCAUCUACAAAUAUCAGGUGGUGACCAUGUCUGGCAAUGAGCAGAGCGAGCCAUCCCCAGAGUUGGUUUAUCGACAUGGAAGUGGCUACUGUGGUGAUGGAAUCAUCCAAGAGGACCUUGGAGAGGAAUGUGAUGACAUUAACAAGCUGAAUGGUGAUGGCUGCUCGCUCUUUUGCCAACAGGAAGUGUCUUUCCACUGUCUUGAUGUGCCCAGCAGAUGCUAUUUUCAUGAUGGGGAUGGAGUCUGUGAGGAGUUUGAAAGAAUGACAAGCAUUAAGGACUGUGGUGUUUAUACACCAAAAGGAUUUCUGGAUCAGUGGGCAUCAAACGUCUCAGUCUCACACCAGAGUGAACAGAAGUGCCCAGGAUGGGUUGUGAUUGGUCAGCCAGCAGCAACACAGGUUUGUUUGACCAAGGUAUUGAAACUGAAUACUGCAUUGUCCCAAUAUGCUUGGUAUCCCUGCACAGUUCUGUCUGAUGCAAAUUUCUGGUUAAAGGCUUACUUUAGUCGACCUGUGGUUGUUGCUGCUGUUAUUGUCCACCUGGUGACAGAUGGGACCCAUUUAACUUACCACAAACCGGAGACCAUAAGUGUGCAGUUAAUCGACACCAAGGAACAACUUCAUGAUUUGGGUGUCCAUAUUCUUAGCUGCAGAAACAAUCCUCUGGUGAUCUCUGUGAUGCAUGACCUCAGUCACCCUUUCUACCACAGCCAAACUGUCCUUGUUAGCUUUACUUCUCAACUUGUGGCCAUCUCUGGGGUGGCCCUACGUUUCUUCCAUGAUUUUGACCCUGUCACCAUCAGCAGCUGUCAGAGGGGAGAGAUAUACAGUGCAGCUGAGCAAAGCUGUGUUCAGUAUUCAUGUGAAGCUACUGACUGCCAGGAGCUAGAAAUCGAGAAUUCUGAUGUGAACUGCACAAGCGGUCACUACAGUGAGGCCCAGUGUGAGGUAACAUGCCACACUGGCUGCAUACUUCACAUACACAGGGACGAUGAUCUCUUGAAAACCCAGUUUGAGUCGCGUGUUGCCCUAACGUGCAGAGAAGGCAAGUGGACCAAGCAGGUGACAUGUGAGCCUGUGGACUGUGGCUUUCCUGAUAAGACUCACAUACACCCAGCAUCAUUCUCAUGCCCUCAAGGGACAACCUACGGAAAACAAUGUUCUUUCCAAUGCCGUCCACCUGCACAGCUCCGAGGUACCAAUAAUAUGUUAACUUGCUUAGAAGAUGGGCUGUGGUCUUUUCCUGAAUCCAUCUGUGAGCUCAUGUGCUUGGCACCACCUCCAUUUCCAAAUGCCAUCUUGCAGACUGCCAAAUGUCAUGUUGACGGUCAUAAGGUUGGAUCUUUUUGUAAAUAUAGGUGCAAGCAGGGAUUCCAUGUUAAUGACCCACUGAAGAAGACAAAGAAGAAGGCAUUUAAAAUACAGUGCCUGGAGGAUGGAAGCUGGCAACAGGGUAAAUGUGUGCCAAUUACAUGCGAACCCCCUCAUCCUAAAUUUCAUGGCCUUUACCAGUGCACAAAUGGCUUUCAGUUCAACAGUGAGUGCAAGCUCAUGUGUGAGGACAGCAAUAACCAGUCGGAUAAGGGAAACAAUGUAAUCCAGUGCAGAAAGGAUGGCUCUUGGAGUGGCAGCUUUCAUCUGUGCGAGAGUAUUCAGGGUCAGUGUUCACCUCCGGACCACAUAACCAACUUCAUGAAGAUCCUCUGCUCUGAAGGAUAUGAAAUAGGAGCCGAAUGUAUGCCCAUCUGUCUGAAUCAGAAUGAGACGGACAACAAAUCGGAAGCUGUCAUACUGCCAGCCAACGUGACUGAAAAAAAUCUCCCACUCUGGAUGAGCCCAAUAAGAGUCAAGAAAAUUAUCUGCACGGCUGGGCUGCAGUGGUAUCCUCUCCCAGAAGAACUUCGCUGCAUCAAAAGCUGUGAGGCAUUUAUGGGGGAUAAUUAUUGCGAUGGAAUUAAUAACCGAGCCUUCUGCAACUAUGAUGGAGGGGAUUGCUGUGCCUCCACAAUUAAGAGCAAAAAGGUAACACCCUUUCCUUCAAACUGUGACUUACAGGGGGAGUGUGCAUGUCUUGAUCCGAAAGCGGAGGAAAACAUCCAUAAAGAUGCUCACCACCCAAGCCUUGGAUAGCCUUGGACUGAACAAUGCUAAAUAUGACCAUCAACCAUAGGCAGACUGGAAGACACAUCACAUUCCUUCUGGUAUUAAUUUUUACAUUAGCUGCUGAUCUGGAUAGCAUUUCUGCACCAGGGACCAUUAAACAUGAACUGCCUGCCUUUCCAUAUCGUUGAAAGACUCAGACUGGGAAUAAUGUAUUCCAUAAAUUAAAAUGCCAUAAGGAACAAAUGACCACAGUAUAAGAAAUCACUUGUUUGUGUUGUGCUGUGGUAUGACCAGAUGAAGGCAAGAUGCAAGCCAUAAUAGAGCAUAUAACCAACUAGACUGGGUGUUUUUUGUCCUCCUUUCCCUCAUAGAUGCUUACUUUUCAAAGAAGGAUCUAAGUUGAGGUUCCCUUCAUAAGACUGAAUCAUCUAUGCUAUGAUGGGGAAACUGGAAUUAUUCUUCUGAAAGCUGGUCUUCAUCCUAAAUAGUGAUGUUUAAAUCUACAGUCAGUGCCAGCUUGAUUGUGAGUUGUAGAUCAAAGCUAUUCUGGUCUGUUAAAUGCCUUUUGAAAUGAGAACAAGCUGCCUUGUGGCAGAUGUGUAUGGGUACUUUCCUAACACACACACACACAAAACCCAAUUCUAGUUGUUUGAUCAUAACUGUUGCUGCUAUUCCUGCUGCUAUGUCCCAUACAGCCAUUUCCUUACUGUCAGGACAGGGUGAUAUAAACCCAAACAACCAGUCUGCCUUAAAGCGUAUAUGAAGCCUGUGAUUACACCCUCGGGCUUGUCAUUUGCACCAAGUAAUAGGAACCUCACACAAGUACCCAUCUUUUAAUAUUUGCACCUCCUGGCAUAGAGCUUAGUGAUCAAGACCAAUUGAUAUAACUCAUUAUAGAUUCAGAGACCCAAAACAUCUGUAUAACUUGGAGUCUCUUGAAUAUGAGUUCUUAAUAUGAUAUGUUUAAUCUGCUCCUGAAGCAGUUAUAAUAUUUAAACAUUAUUUUUGUCAGUAUUAUAUUUCAGUGUCUGAUCAUAUACACUUCCAUGGUGACAUAAAUUCACCACUGAACCCCAUUAUUGUCCCACCACAAUGUCCAGGUAUAUACUGUAGUUUGCCUUUGCCAGUGCCACAUCUAUUGCUUGGCAAAUCAUCUCUUGAUGCUGCCUCAGCAAGAUCUAAAGCUCCUACAGAUGUGCCUAAUGGCAAUCAUUGUGGCCCAUAAUUGUUCGGUUAUGUGGUUACAAAUUGGAAACAUAAACAGAAUAGGGCUAAGCUAAAAUGCUCACUCAUACCAUCAACAUGAGUCACCAACUAGCUAGUGAAUAUGGAGGAUAACAUGAGUUGUAUAGUAGCUCGGCAUUAACUGGAUAGUUUGUUAGAGUGUGCCGAUAUAGAUAGCAUCUUUUUAGAAUGAGGGUGAUGAUUAUAUAUGGGAUGCAUUAUAAUAAAGUAAAACAACAAGAACAAAAAAACUCAGCUCAGCAGUUGAAAAAGUAAAAUUGCUAAACAGUUCUUUUUUUUUUUUUAGCAAAUUGAGAAUUAUUGGUGGGCCAGUCUUACACAGCAAUAUUGACUGUGUUCAAUGCAGAACAAUCUUCAUUUUUUAGUUCUUCAACUGCUUUUUAAAAUGUCCAGGAAAACACUUCCUAACUAGUACUCCAUUGAACCGUACUGUCCACAGAAGAGAAAGAACGAAAAGAGAGAACGAAGAAGGCAGCUCUUUAAUCCACAGUCCCUGGAAAAUGAGGGCAUUCCCUAAGGGUGUUUUUUUUUCAGGGCAGGUUUUAGCUACCUCCCUUCUGGUUUCAAUUUCACUGGCUUGUUAAAUGUCAGGUUUUUUUUUUUUUUCUUUUAGGUUUUUUCCUGUGUUACAUUAAAAUUAGUCUAAAAUGUCUUGCUGCAAAUGAGGUGACAAGGGGAAAUAUUACAUAAAACUGCAUGGUCAAGUUGAAAAAAAAAAUAAAAUACAGAAAAAAAAUGCUUUAUGCUUAUGUUAAAUGGGACAUUAUGUUCUUAGCAACAACACAGAGAGAUAUGCCCACGCAGAGCCGGCUUAGGGCACAUCUGUCCAUCCUUUGAUUGAUCAUCUACUGAGGAUGCUCAUUUUAAUUUAAGGUCUUUACAUGUGCAUUUUUAUUUUACUAUUUUAUAUA